AACAUACGUCACCCCCUCCACUCCCCUCCACUCGGCCAAGAAGGCUACACCGCACUACUCCACCACUCAACUACUUUUCCCCCUUCUCCCCCUGCACAUGCAUGUCUUAAUUCUCUCAACAUUCAGCCUCUGCAUUAGUCGCUGCCGACAGGUCAAUAAUGAAUAAAAUAUCCUUGGAAGGGUCAAGUGGCCAAUACAUAAGUAUGCACGGUGAGUCCGAUCGGUCUUGCUACUUAUUCGCCUUUGUGUCUCUAUCUCUAUCUCUGUCUCUGUCUCUGUCUCACUUACCUCUUGUCCUUUUAUACUCCAGUACAUAUCUCACCCAUAAAUACUUCUCCUUUGCUCUACCUCAACGCUCACCUCUGAUUUAACUUACCUCAACCAAAAACCGAGACCUUUAUAUCUACUGUGCUAUAGGCAGCACGAAUAACGCCACAUACUUACUGUACGGAUAUACACCUACCCUCACAAUGGCCUCCGCCAUCCAAGAAGUGCCAGACCAGGAGUUCAACGGCAUCAGAUAUACUGGCUUCCCUGAGCCACUGUGUCUUCACCGCAACACAACCCUCCCCCACCCCGAAGCGAACCUCUCACCCGACGCCUGCAUCGAGUCCUUUGAUAUCCCCCUCGCUCGCUCCCACUCCCGCCUCCGCUUCCACUCCUCGCGGCGCGUCUCAUCAAAAGGCUUCAUCGACCCGACACAAGUGUACGAGAACAUCCAGUACGUCGAUAGCACCGUUACCGUUGUCCCCAAACCCGGAUCCUCCUCCUCCUCGAAAGAGAGCACCAGCCCCACCUUAGACGGCGAUGGGGGGUUCAAAUCGAGAGAGGAGGAGGCGGGGAGGUCGUCGGGGGAGACCGAUUCAAGCGAGCGAAAUCACCGGAAAAAGAAGGGCUUGCGCGGCUUGUUCCACAAGGGCUGAGAUGCAGUAGCACUUUCUGGGCGGCGUUUUUUUAAAAUGGGAAAAAACAAAAUCUACACGGGUUUUUUCUUGGGAUAUUGUCUUGGAUAUUGCGGUUUAGCGUGGCCUGUUUGAUUUCGGGACGGCGAAAGCACUCCUCUGGGAGGGUGCGCGGAUUGUACCGCUGGUGCGGGGUGUUAAAUUAGUUAAU